AUGGAUCAACGGGACAUCAUCAUCUACACGCGACUAAUGCAGGCGGUCGCUUUGUGGCCCUACGAUUUCAAUAGGCAUCUGCCUGAAAGAUUGAGAGGCCGUUAUAAUAUCUCCAAGAUGCUGAAUGUGCUUUACGUUAUGUUUUGGCAGCUGAUUUGUUUGCACAUUGCGGUGCUUCAUAUCAAGACGGUGCUGGAUAGUUUGGACAAUUUGAACGAUUUGUUUAUGGUUUUGGUGACGACGUUGAUUUACUGCGUUAUGAAUAUGAUUCAUGUGUUUUUCUUGGUAAACCAGAAGCAGAGUUUGGCUUUGAUGACCGAUAUGCGGGACAAGUUCAAACGUCGAUCGGCAGCUGGAGUUACUUACAUCAAGUAUGAUUCGUCUCAGCGAUUCGUGCAGAAGUUCUUCAAAGUUUGGAUUGUGGUCUGUGUGCUGGGAACUCUUCACUGGGCGUUGUUUCCGAUUCUGCAGCACGAGAAAACGCUUCCGUUCCAGUGUUGGUAUCCGGUUGACGUUCGCCAAUCUCCGAUGUACGAGCUAGCUUAUUUGGGUCAAGUUUUAGGGCAGCUGCAGGUGGGAUUAGUUUUUGGCAUGGCAGGAUCGCUUGUUAUGUCUUGCAUCUUUACCGUCUGUGGGCAGUUCGACAUUUUGUGUUGCAGCUUGAGCAAUGUCUGCAAUACGGCUAUGAUCAACAAGGGCAGCUACCGGUUUAAGCUAUCGACGCUGCAGAUGAUGCAAAAGAUGACUCUGCGCGAGCCCAAUCGGUACUACAUCGAUGAAGUGUUCUAUGAGGAUUUGUCAAAUGCACCCAAAGUUCCCACCAAGAUCCAAAAGCCACUUCCGGAGAAGCAUCGAUACUUGUCGGAGCUGUCCGAUGAAUUAGCAACUGCUUUGGAUGAAUGUAUUGAGCAUCACGCAAUGUUGAUCAAUUUCUGCUACCGAGUGGAAGAGUGCUAUCAUCCUUUUGUCAUGAUUAAAUUGGGUCAGAUGCUGAUUUUACUGUGUCUCACCGCUUACAAUGCUACUACGGACGCACUGAGUCCGAUGAAGCUGAUGAACAUCAUCGAGUACUUUCUGCUGACAAUGACGGAACUCUUCUGCAUGUGCUAUUUGGGACAAACUUUGAAGAAUCAGAGCAUCCGGGUGGGGGACGCGCUGAUGACCACCCCCUGGUACGAGUGCGGAGCUGCCUUCCGGAAGCGGGCGGUCUUUAUCAUGAUGAACUCGCUGAAGCCCCUGAAGCUGACCGCCUUCAAACUCUACGAGCUAGACUUCGAAACGUACUAUUCGGUGAUGACGGCUUCGUUUUCGUACUAUACUUUGUUGAAAAAAUUACAGCAUUAAAGCAUCCCAGGGGGUAUUGAAGCAAGUUUUCGAGCACAGUUUUUAGCACAAUGAAGUUAAUGUGGCACAGUUAUAAGCUAAGCACUGAGAUAAUCCACACUAGAGAUGUACCGAAUAUUCGGCGCCGAAUACCGCCGAAAAACCGUUAAGCCGAAUAUUCGGCUCACCGAAUAGUCAGGCUAAGUAUUCGGCCGAAUAGGCCGAAUAGGCCGAAUAUCUACUACCGACUUCUAAAUUUUUCAAAAUUUUUUGGAUAAUUGAUAAAAUAUCCAAAAGUAAAGUUGUAAAAGCCACACAAUCAUUGAAAACUUAUGAUUUCAGCAGUUAUUUACUAGGAAGAAUGACCUUAAUGGGUUAAAUUACUAUAAAAAAGGAAAAAUAUGGUUUCAGUAAAACAUCUUAGGUGUAUCCGCGUAUCUUUCACUGAAGAUCGUGCAGGAGAAUGCUUGACGGUUUCGUUUUAAACUUUGAUUAUAGUUUAUUCCAGAUUUUUUGGAUAUAUUCCGGCAUGCCCAUAAAUCCAGUAAAGCAUCCAGAUAAGUCUAAUCUGGCCGGGAUGUCCAGAUAUUGUUUAAAACUUCCCAAGUUUUU